AAUGAUUAUCAUGAUAACGUAAACCUAUAAAUGUAAUAGGAAGUAAAUUGACCAAUGAAAUUAGAUACACAACUCGAUCGUUUUAAGUUUAUUGAUUGUUGGUCGGUUCGAGUAGUUGAUUGGUUAUCUCGUAAUAUCGCUCUUCCGUCUAAUGCCAAUGAAGUUACACCAAUGGUUGUGUUGGUUUCCAAUGUAAUUCGAUCAACCAAUCAGAAACCUUUCAUGAGCGACCUCUAUAUAACAAUGUAUCAAGUCUAGCGGAGACACGUGUACUUUAAUACGAGCCGGAAAGAGCCAUUUUCUUUGGAAACUGGAGAAGUAGAGGUCGUAAGCCAGCGUGGCCGGUGUGCCAGCGCACUGUAUAAUAUAUACUGCCAUGAUGGCGGCUAUAUUACUUUUUUUGAUGAUAUCAAUUCUAUCUGCUACUUGUACGGUAACAGAAACAGUACCAUCGGUCAUUUCUUAUCUAUCGGAAAAUGAUAAAAUACGUUUGAAAAAUGUUGUUGAUCCUGGUUUGAAUUUACAAGAUCCAACUUCAACCUAUUAUAGUGUGUACGGAUAUAAACUUCUUCAGGAAACUAUACCUAAUAAAGAAAAAAUUUGUAAUUAUCUAUCAAAAUCUAUUGGAGAUGGUAACAAUGUUGUACCAGAAACAGCCUUUUAUAUUGUAUCGAUGUGGAAAAUUAUCGAUACAUGUCAAGGUUUACCAAUACCUGCAAUUACAAAGGUUUUGAUGAAUACUAUUGAGAAAGAUACAUCUACAUUUGCUGAAUUAUAUUUUGCUGUAAAUACUUUAACACUUUUAUCACAAAAAUUAACUACCGAAAAAUCCGAAAAAUUAGCUAAAACAUUACAAGUAGCUCUCAGAAAAGAUGACAGUCUGUGGAAUCUUGGAUAUACCUUCCACAUUGCUUCUGAUCUUGGAUCUGUUGGUACAUUUGCUUUUGAUCGUAUCGAAGAUGCUAUCAUUCAAGCAGAUGAAGUAAAUGGACAAUUCUUGCAAUUUGAAGGUGGACUGUCUAUAACAAGUUUUCUUGUAAAUGGUAUCUUCAAGCUUGGUAGUUCAUUAAAGAAAAGACCACCUUUGACAUCUCCACAAAUUGUUAAGCUAACAAAUUAUCUUUUGUCAAGACGAUCUGUCCAAACUCCAAAAGGUGUUGUAAGCCUCCUUUCAGCAUUAAAUACAUUAGCAGUAAACAAAUAUGAAACAUUAGUUUGUAUUACUCUACCUGAGGAAGGAGUUAUUGUUUCAAGCAAACAACCUCUUGUUACUAUUAAAGUUUGUGAUAUUUUUGGUAAACCAUUGCCAACAAUACCUAAAGUAAUUGCAAAUUCUGCUACAAAAGUAGAAGAUGAUACUGUUAUUAGCAGUAAAGAAAUAUUACAAUCUUCAACAACAGACAAGACAUUGUUUAUAAUGGAUUUCAUGAAAGCUAAACCAGAUCGUGGAUUUUAUAAAAUAUCAGUAUCAGCAGCAUCUGUAACUAGUACUAUUAAGGUCAAAGUUCUUUCUGAAGUAGUUGUUGAUUAUUUAGAAAUGGGAACAGGAGAUGCUGAUCAAACUACACAACCAAAAUUAGCAAGAGUUACAUAUCCUGAAAAAUUAAAUCAAAAGAUAGAGGCAGAUUCUCAACAAAAAUUAGUUGUAAGAUUUUUAUUAAAAGAUUCAGCUAAUAAAAAACCAAUGCGUGUUCACCAAGCAUUUAUUCGCUUAUCACCUGCCUUUAUUACUAAUAUUUAUGAUGACAAUGAAAUAACAUUUGUAGCAGAGCCAGAUAAUGCCAAUGUUUAUAAAUUUGAUAUGCCAUUGGCAGUAGCAGCAAUAAAUUUCGGAUAUCGCAGUGGUGAUUAUAACAUUGAUUUAGUUAUUGGUGAUGCUGUAUUAAGUAAUUCUUUUGAAUGGACUAUUGCUACAGUAAAUUUGAAAUUCCCUGAUGCAGUUGCUACUGAAUCGAAUGAAAAAAGUGCUUUUUUCAAACAAAAAGCAGAUAUAUAUACAACGAAACCAGAAAUAAAGCACAUGUUCCGAGAACCGGAGAAGAGGCCACCAGCUUUUGUAUCCAAUUUAUUUACUGGUCUAUGCUUAGCGCCUGCCUUUUUAUUAAUUAUUCUGUGGGCAAAACUCGGUGUCAAUAUAUCUAAUUUCCCUCUAUCUAUUAGUGCUGUUACAUUUCAUCUUGGAUUAGGAGGUAUCUUUCUUCUGUUUGGAAUCUUCUGGUUGAAAUUGAACAUGUUUGUGACGUUGCGUUAUCUUCUUGGACUUGGUGUAGUUACAUUCCUUGCUGGUAACAAAUUGUUGUCGAACAUUGCUCACAAACAUAAAUUAUCGCACUGAAUUAUAAAUGAAGGUUCCUUUCACGCGCAAGUGAUACAUUAUUAUUAUAAAUGCAUUUUAUAAUAAUGAAAUUUAUGAACAAGUAUGUUAUGACAAGGAAGUAUGUGUAUAUUGAAAUAGGCAUAACUAAACGAACAUUCAUUUUUAUAGAUCGAAAGUAAAGUUAUCGCUAUUCCGAUGCAAGUGAUAUAUUUAUUGAAUAUCACUUUACUAUAUAACUUAAUAAACUAUUUAAAUACGAAAUGCAAUAAUUGUCAAGUACUUUAUUUUAGAAUGUUAUAGUUUUUCUACAGAUUCAUUUGUACAUAAAGACUUAAUAAAUGAAAUUAAAAUUUA